UUCUGAGGAGGACAGCUCCCGUCAUCUCUGCCGUGCCACAGCCGAACUACAGCGAGCCCGCGAGAGUGGGACGGGUCAGCGUUCGUAAACGUCCCCGAACCUGCAUGUUUGGCUCUGUCAUGGCCUCCCCCCCUCAUAAAUGAGCAUUAUGGAUUAGUGGAGGGGAGGCGACUGUAAAUCCCCACUGUUGUGCUGAUCUGGAUUUAAACGCUGGACAGAUAAAUUGUCAUUUGAGGAUAGUAGCAGGCGAGCCGGGACAAUGGAUACGAACAUGCGCAAAUUUACAGUGAGAAGAUGGUUUUCCGUGUACCUGCGCAGAAAGUCGCGAUCCAAAAGCUCGAGUUUAUGCAAACUAGAGGAUGACAGCAUCUUAAAGGAGUUUGAUAUCAGCCAUCAUGUGAAGGAGGGGUUUGAGAAAGCAGACCCGUCACAAUUCGAGCUGCUCAAGGUGUUGGGUCAGGGCUCCUACGGAAAGGUGUUCUUGGUGAGAAAAAUCAAAGGUUCAGAUACAGGACAACUCUAUGCUAUGAAGGUCUUAAAAAAGGCAACACUAAAAGUGCGGGACAGAGUGAGAUCGAAAAUGGAGCGAGACAUUCUCGCAGAAGUGAAUCAUCCCUUCAUUGUCAAACUUCACUAUGCCUUUCAGACAGAAGGAAAGCUGUACCUUAUAUUGGACUUUCUCAGAGGGGGAGAUCUUUUCACACGUCUUUCCAAAGAGGUAAUGUUUACUGAGGAAGAUGUGAAGUUCUAUUUGGCUGAGCUGGCUUUGGCUUUGGAUCAUCUUCAUAGUCUGGGCAUUAUCUACCGUGAUCUUAAACCAGAGAACAUUCUCCUUGAUGAAGAAGGCCACAUAAAGAUCACAGAUUUUGGCCUGAGCAAAGAGGCAAUAGACCAUGACAAACGAGCGUACUCGUUCUGCGGGACCAUCGAGUACAUGGCCCCAGAGGUGGUCAAUAGACGAGGUCACACUCAAAGCGCUGACUGGUGGUCCUUUGGCGUCUUAAUGUUUGAAAUGCUGACUGGAUCCCUGCCAUUUCAAGGCAAAGACCGCAAAGAGACAAUGGCACUUAUUCUCAAGGCAAAACUCGGCAUGCCACAGUUCCUCAGCCCAGAAGUCCAGAGUUUACUGCGGGCUCUUUUCAAAAGAAACCCUUCCAAUAGAUUAGGCGCAGGACCUGAUGGAGUGGAAGAAAUCAAGCGGCAUAUAUUUUUUGCAACAAUAGACUGGAAUAAAUUAUACAGACGAGAAAUCAAGCCUCCUUUCAAACCAGCAGUAGGCCGACCGGAGGACACAUUCCAUUUUGACCCUGAGUUUACAUCCCGCACACCAACAGACUCACCCGGUGUUCCACCCAGCGCUAAUGCACACCAGCUCUUCCGCGGCUUUAGCUUUGUGGCCUCUAACCUGGGUCAAGAACAGCCACUUGUCGAGACCAAGCCAAACUCUGUAAACCCCAUUGUACAGCAACUUCAUGGCAACAACAUUCAUUUCACUGACGGCUAUGAGUUGAAGGAGGAUAUCGGCAUUGGAGCGUAUUCGGUCUGCAAACGAUGUGUCCACAGAAUCACCAGUGUGGAGUAUGCUGUCAAAAUUAUUGACAGAGCCAAGAAGGACCCGUCUGAAGAGAUCGAGAUUCUUCUGCGAUACGGCCAGCACCCAAACAUCAUUACUCUGAAAGAUGUCUAUGAUGACGGCAAGUUUGUGUAUCUGGUGAUGGAGCUGAUGAGAGGAGGAGAGCUGCUGGACCGGAUCCUGCGGCAGAAGUGUUUCUCAGAGCGUGAGGCCUCAGCUGUGCUCUGCACCAUCACCAAGACUGUGGAGUAUCUGCAUUCACAGGGGGUUGUGCAUCGAGACUUGAAGCCCAGUAACAUCCUGUAUGUCGAUGAAACAGGUGACCCAGAGUCCAUCAGAAUAUGUGAUUUUGGGUUUGCCAAACAGUUAAGGGCUGAAAAUGGUCUGCUCAUGACACCAUGCUACACUGCAAACUUUGUGGCCCCUGAGGUCCUGAAGAAACAAGGAUAUGAUGCCGCCUGCGAUAUCUGGAGUCUGGGAAUCUUACUGUACACCAUGCUGGCAGGUUUCACGCCCUUCGCUAACGGCCCUGACGACACACCAGAAGAGAUCUUGGCUCGCAUUGGAAGUGGGAAAUUUGCCCUGUCAGGAGGCAACUGGGACACGGUGUCUGACGCAGCCAAGGACAUUGUAACUAAAAUGCUGCAUGUGGACCCCCAUCAGCGGCUGACGGCACCUCUUGUUCUCAGACAUCCCUGGAUAGUAAACCGCGAUCAGUUAUCUCAGAGCCAGCUGAUCAGACAAGAUGUGCAACUGGUGAAGGGGGCGAUGGCUGCCACAUACUCUGCUUUGAAUCGAUCACCUCAGGCCCCAAAAUUAGAGCCAGUGCUUUCAUCCUGUCUGGCUCAGAGAAGAGGCAUGAAAAGACUCACAUCCACUCGUCUAUAGCACUCCAGUCAGACACAUGAGCUUCUACAGCUUUAAGAAAUGUCAGAGCGUACAGGCUUCGGACAAGGCACCAGACGACCGCCAAAGCAUCCGGAGCAGAGUGGAAAAAUUGGAUUGACCACAGAGUGUCAGAGCAAUCUCCAAAGAGCGACAAAUGAUCUGCCAAGUGUCUCUGCUGAUGGCAAGAGAUUGAUGAGGGCCAGAUGUAAACAUCACAGCUGUCAGGGCACAAAAACAGUUCUUUCAGAGCGUGAAGCUGUUUUUGUGUGUGUGAGCCACCCCUGUGAACUUCAGGAGUGUAGCAUCAUGAAGUGUUUCGUUUAAAUGGUGCAUAAAAAAGGUCGCAGUUAUCGUUCCCGAACUGUGUGCAGGUGGCCGAAACCCAGUCGUUCGUAAAAGUUGCUACUACUUGACGCAGACACUUCAAUUAGAGCCAUGUAGGAGUUAGCAGAAGAUGCUCUGGUCUGAUCAUGGUGACGGUGCUGCACCUUAAGCUACGUGCCGGCAUUAUUAGCAUCUUUUGAACAUGCAUGCCAUGUACAGUAUGUAUUUUUAUGACAAACAAACAGUUCUAACAUGCUAAUGAAAGCACAAAGAACAUCUUUCAUGUUGUUGUUUUUUUCUUGUUUUACUAGUAACCUUCUUUAAUGUCCCAGUUUGGCUUUUUUUAUUUCAUCUUUUUGGUGAUUUCAUUAGUCUUACAUAACGCUGAGACUUCAAAAACCAGCUGUUUUUUAAUUGUAAUGUUUCUAUUUUUUUCAUGUUGCGUAUUUGCACUACAUUGGUUGGUUGGUUGGUUUGAUUGAUUUAUUUAUUGAUUAAUUUAUUUAUUUAUAAAUGUUUUUUUGUUGCACGUUUAUUUAUAUUUCUGUUUAAUGAUUAAAAUAUUUAUGUGUUUAUUGAAAAUAUCCAAUACCUUUUUUAUUGUCUGUUUGUUUUUAAGUGACCUUUAUGCAUAAACAUGAAACCUAAACAAGUGCCACGCCUUUGCACUAGAUUGAUUGAAUGAUGACAAAGAAAUAAAAACAUUAGAAUAUAAACAUGUGCAUGUAUUUUCACUUUCAUGCAAAUGUAAAAAAAAAUGUAAAUACAGUUUGACUACCAAAAUUUAUUUAACUUAUUGUAAAGUCUUUAGAUCAAAGAUCCUGAAAACACAAGACAUGAUUUAUGAGGUUUUUAUCUAUUACAGUUAUAGUCAUCCGUUAAAAUCUUCUAUUAGUUUAUGUUAAAGUUGACCAGUGCUACAUUAUUCUUCCAAUAAAUAUCACAACUUGAGAGUAUGCAUUAGUUCAUGACAAUGUGUUGGGAAAUCUGUUUUCCACACAUAGCACAUCUGCUCAGUGAAAAUUACUUAAAGAUAUUCAGAAAUUACAUUUGCAUGCCAUACACAAUUUGUAGCAGCUUCUAAUGAUAGCAGUACUGAUAAAAUAACCUUAAUUUUGUAUGAUAAAGUGACAGUGCAGUAUUUUUGUAUGAAUAUGAUCAACACCUUUUCCAAAAUGAAGCUCAUUCUGGGCUAUUUGAGAACCUUCAGCCAAACUUUAUCUUUUGCUGGUGUGGCUUAUUUUUUACAUGUGAAAAGCUUUACAUUUUUGUUGUUGUUGAUGCUGAUUUUUUUUUUCCCUUCUGUUUUAACAAUAUCCCAAAACAGGUAUAUGUCAGUGCAUUAGUGCUUCUAGUUAAUGCUGUACAUCAGGUGUAGAGACAGUGACUACCUACCAAACAGCAAUAGAAUUAGGAUCCUUGCUAGAAAAGAAAUUAUACUUUUAUGCCCUAUGUUGGCUUGUAUACCAACAAUUCAUAAAUAAACAACAUAAAAAUGUUAUCAAACUGGUCUCUAAUGUGUGGUACUUAAGUGAAUUGUGAACCAUGUCAGUUCUCGAAAUAGAUAGGGUACAACUAUAA